ACAAGACUUGAUUCAUUUGUUAACAUUCCUCAAGGUGUCAAACCCACAGGGCUUCCUAUUGUGACAUGUUGCAUGCAAACUUUUUAAAACAGAGACGUAAAGCGUGAGUAUUGUUCAAAAGUUCGGCAUGAUGUCUGGUUUCGGAUAUCUGGUAAUACAUUUCUUAGAAACACUUACUUCCAUCCAAACAAACUAAAGACAAUCAUAAAUGUAGUUAACAAUGGUACAUUUCAUGGAGGCAGGAUUUGUAGGUGUCAUGACCACUUAAUCAGCAGAUCAGUCAACACCCCCCAUUUCAGAGGGUAGUCCCCAGUAUCCCUCACUUACGGUCUGGGAGCAGAGCAGGACAGUUCAACAUUAUGUUUUCCACAGCAGCAGCCUGAACUCUGGGACAAGUCGGGUCAAAACACUAGACCUGUAUUGAAACUGAAACCGAACUGCGGGGAACUUUCCACAUUCACGGGAAACUCGCUUAGUUUUGCAGCUGCAGCGGACAAGACAAGACAAGCAGGUCAUUCAGUAGGCUACACGAGGACACUGAAAAAUAAUAAAAAAGCAUUUAUAUUCCUAGUUGAUUUAAGUUUGUGGAGGUGUUGUGACAGUGACAGGAUUAUUUCAGCGUCCACGAUGGCUCGGCAGGGUACCAUCGUUUUCUUUGACCUUGAGACCACAGGAUUAGGAGAUCUUCUUCAAGACGCUAAAUCUUGUCACAUCGUCCAGUUGGGGGCCAGCUGUGAACAUCUUACCACCUUCAACCGCUACAUCCUCCCCUGCAUCCCCAUCGAAUACAGAGCUACAGAAGUGAACGGCCUCACCGUCAGUUAUGGCCAACUGUUCCUCCACGGAGAGCCUGUGAGAACUGUGUCACUUUACCAUUCUUUAAAAUCCUUCAUCCACUACCUUGUCAGCUUCCCCGGCCCCGUGCUGCUGGCGGCCCACAACGCAUGGAGAUUUGAUCAAAUUGUGCUCAUGAGAGUGCUGAGGAAGUUCUCUCUCUUUGAGCAGUUCAAACAGGUGGUGUCUGGGUUUAUGGAUACCUUACCGCUGAGCAAGAAGCUCUAUCCUCAACUGAAACGUUUUAAUCAGCCGUAUCUGGUCCGCUGCUUCCUGGGAGUGAAAUACAAUGCCCAUAAUGCAGUGGAGGAUGCCAAACAGCUGGAAGAGCUGUUUUGCAAUCGUUGGAAUCCAGACAAUGAUGACAUCAGGGAGUUCACCGACUGGAUCUAAGCUUUAAAAUAAGCUACAGAACAACAUUAAAAUACUAAAGUUAAUAUGUGUUGUUUUGUGUUCUCAUCAUGUACCCACAGGUGGUUGUACAGAUCGACAUAAAAAAAAACAUAAUUUCUGACAUAAUGCUUGUGACACCUCGAACUCCAUGUUAAAUAAUGCUCAUACUCUUUGAUGUUCUGUGUCAUGCUCAAAGUGUUUGUUUUUGUAUUUCCUUUAAAUCGAAGCAUAAUGUUUAAAGUACCAUUAAACUUUCAUUUGACUCUUCUA